GACUACCGUGGUGAGCAUACCCGGUUCGGCUACGAUCAGGACAUCAGUCACAUCCCGUUCGAUGGAGGUGUGCAUCAUACCAACGAUCUGCUGUACCUUUUCCCUUACCCACCCACCGCUGCCCAGCUGAACGAACCGGACACAGCGAUGGCAAAGAAGAUGGUCGAUCUGUGGUCGUCGUUCAUAGUGGAGGGCGUUCCCAAGUCACGCGAUCUUCCCCACUGGCCAGCGUUUAAUCAGAUCUUCGGCCCGUACGUUCACCUUGACCGGGAGCUUACCAUUGGCAACAACUUCCUGGACGAAUUCACGGUCAACGCUGACGCGGCCCGGCGACAGCGGCAGCAGCAAAAAGAAUCAUCCGCACCCGCGGACCGCGGCGUCACAACACAGCAGCAGGACGAACUAAUCCGGCGGAAUCUUACCCAGCAGCAGCAGCGGGUGUAG